ACCAAAAUAUAUAUUUUCUGAUACCCCUUUUGUAGGGUUAGGGUUUCUAGGGUUUGCGUGACGAAGACGAGUAGCAGCGAGUAGCGAAGCAGCAGUAGCGCGGACGAGCAGUGAACAGCGAGCACUGAGGAGUGAUUUCUCUGCGCAGCGGUGCAGGGAUUGUGAAUCGAGCGAUCAAUUGGAUUGCAAGUCUGGCUCAUACCGAGCAGCGAUCGGUGGCGCAUUCGAUCGAGCUAUGGCGGCAGGGGCAGACAUAUCACAGCCUGUGGGGGCGCUGGAGCAGCUCCCUGCUGGAGGAGGGGCGGCCGGCGCAUCCAGCGAUCCCAUUGCGAAGCCGCCCAAGCCGGUGUACACGGCCACAAUUACAGCGUGCCUGACGGCCACUACCACCACUACCACCGCCAGUGUGGGGAGCGCCGGGGCGGGAUCUACGGUUUGCAAGUGCGUGAGCACGGUGAGGUUAGCUAUGUCGGAAGUGGUGGAGGAGACUUCUGACCAGAAGGAGGAGGAGAUCGCCAUCUUCGUGCCGAUGAUCCGGUCUGGGGAAUGGACUGAUAUUGGGGGGCGGGGACUUAUGGAAGACGCGCAUGUUAGAGUGGACGAUUUGGGGCCUAUGGGCGAUGCUUCUGGGGCGUUCUAUGGAGUGUUUGAUGGUCACUGUGGCAAAGAUGCCGCACUGUUCGUAAGGGAGCACCUCCUUGGAUACAUUCUGAGAGACGUGUCCUUCCCUGCGUGCUUGGAGGAUGCUGUACGUCAUGGCUUUUAUCAGACAGACCACGCGUUCGCUGAGGCCUGCCUUCUAGACGAGCAGCUGCAAUCUGGAACCACUGCUCUCACUGCUUUCGUGAUUGGAAGGAGACUUCUAGUUGCGAAUGUGGGCGACUCCAGAGCUGUGCUGUCAAGACGAGGCAAGGCCGUGGAGAUGUCACGGGACCACAAGCCGGUGGUGGAGCGGACAAGGAUAGAAGCCUUGGGUGGCUUCGUCGACGAUGGCUACCUCAACGGCCAGCUCGCGGUGGCCCGAGCUCUGGGGGACUGGCAUAUGAAGGACUUGAAGGUCGGGGGUCCGCUCAUCUCGGAGCCGGAGCUCCGCCAGGCCAUCCUCACCGAGGAGGACGAGUUCCUCAUCAUCGGCUGCGACGGGCUUUGGGACGUUUUCACGAGCCAGAACGCCAUCGAUCUGGCCAGGAAGGAGCUGCAGCAGCACAACGAUCCGGACCUGUGCUCCAAGCAGCUGGUGGCGGAGGCGCUGCGGCGCAACACGAGCGACAACUUGACGGUGGUGACGGUGUGCUUCCACGCCGACUGCCCGCCCCGGCUCUCGUCGGACACGAGAAUACGCAGGAGCUUCUCGGCCGAGGGGUUGAAAAGCGUCCAGGAUUUUUUAAACAGGUGCUCUUGAGCCGGGGGGAUAAUGAUGACAACCAUGAAGAACAGGAGAACAGGGUGAUAGAAUUUCUCUUUUUUUUUUCUCUCGAGCUAGAAGAGAUGGAGGAGAUAGAAGAACAGGAGGACAGGACGGGGAGGGACACUAACAUACUUGAGGCAAACAUGUAUCAUAGUUUCGAAGGUAGCAUAGGGGGGAGACUGGGAGUUUUUUCUUCUUUUUGGUUUCUACUACAAUGGCUGAUUUUUGGGGGAAUAAGCGAGACAAGGGAGGAGCUCUUGGAGACGAAGAAAAAAAAAAGAUUGCCUCUUGUGUUGCGAGGAAGGAAGACUAUGAUUCUUGGGACGCAUGGAAGCGGGAUUGUCCUCAAUAAAAUGCGAUGAUUUUAUACU